AUUCAAACCACUAUGCCUUUCUUCAAUUCCAAAUCCCCAGAAGUGCUCCCGACAACGGUCGAAGAAGACCCAAAACAAUCCUACGACUCCCACAAGACGAAGACGUCCACCGCCUCCUCAUCUCAUGACACCGCCAGCACUCAGAAACCCACAACAGCGCGCACACCAUCAACCCGUUUCAAAGAACCAUCGCAAAAACCUUCAUCGACCUCCACGCCGAACGUCAAACGCAAUCCUUCCAAUGUCUCGACUUCGAGACCCAUCCCCAAAACAUCUAUAUCCUCGGCCUCCAACAAAGACUCCAACCAUCAGUCGUCCUCUGCCGCAAGACCACCUCUUCAGCGCCGCCGUACAACAGCGCAGACCCGCUACAUCGACAUGCUCCUAGAGCUUGACGAUGUACCCAAACUCCACAACUUUCUAGCUUCGGGCUUCACCUGGAUCUUGCUAGCCGGAUAUAUCGUGUUCCCAGCGACAUUCAACAAGUUGCAAAACGAUGAACGAUUAGACGAGAAAGCGAACAAUAGAUUGAAGGCUGAGGCUCUUGCUACUGCCCGAAACAUCCCACUCCUCUACAUUGCAGCAUUCGCCUGUGGCAUCGGCGUUGUAGGAUCUCUAUGGCUGUGGUGGAAACACCGCAAGAACUACGUUUGGGUCAUCAAUCGCGUCUUUCUGCCAGCUCUGAUGAACAGCCUUGCGGGUCUCAUUUCAACCCUCGUAAACGUCUACACGGCGCAAGAAGGCACUUUCUCUGUCACAGCUCGCGUGACGCUCGUUGUGACGACUGCGUGCUCCGCCGUCACUGUGCUAUUAUUUCUCAUGUAUAAUAGUAUUAUGCUAAAGUGGGUGAAGAUGAGGCAUGAGAGGGAGACGAAGAAGUUUGAGAAGAGCGAGGAAGGGAACGGGAAGGAGAAGGAGAAGGGAGGUGAGGACGGGGCUGGUGCUAUUGUGUAGUCUUCAUACUGCAUGCGAUCCCCCAUAUUUCCAUCUCCUUUCUUUGGACAGUUAUGUUGAGCGUAAUUGAGAUAAUAUACCACUAU